UAACACUUCCAUCGUUCUCACUACCUCACCUCUCUCCCUCCUCCCAACUCACCAGUUAUUAGGGAUCGUUCACUCUCUCUAUCUCUCUCACGCACAAACACACACAGCGCAACUCUCAUUGUCUUAAAGAAGAAGAAACGAAGACUCUCUCUCCAUAAAUAUAUAUACACUUGUAUAUAUAUGUGUAUGUGUGUGUGUAUAUAUAUAUAUAUAUAUUUCUUCCUAUGCGUUGAAGCUUCUCUUUUACUGAGGCCAUUUGCUUAAAAGCGUGAAACCGAAUUUGAAAUCGGACAAUGUUCUUCGCUUUAGUGAAUCAGACCAUGUGAGCUUCUGACAUAUUCUUUCUCUCCAUCUUCUACUUCUUCUAUUCUCUCUCUCUAUAUCUUUCUCUCUCUAGAUUUCGGAAUCGUUUGAUCAUCGAUUCGUGAGUUGAAUCGAUCAAUGGCGGCGUCUUCGUCACGGGGGCGAAGUAGUUCACCAUUCCAUUACCGGAAGCCUUCGAGUCCAUACUCCUCCACGUCGUCGUCUUCGUCGUUCAUGAACGGCGGCGGUGGCGGCAGUCGGCUAAUGCCUCGCUCGUGUUCGUCUUCGGCGACGUCGUUUUACGGGUCCGGAAAUGGGUUCAGCUCCAGAUCCAUGACGCCGAGUCGGAAUCGGAGCGAUUCCAUGUAUUCCAGAGGGUAUGGAGCUCGUACGCCUGUCGCUUUCCCGUCGGCGGAGGAGCUGAUUGGAGAGCCAGUUGAUACUUCGAGAUCGGGAGAUAGCAUUUCGGUGACCAUUCGUUUUCGGCCUCUGAGUGAAAGGGAAUUUUCGAGAGGAGAUGAGAUCUCAUGGUAUGCCGAUGGAGAUAAGAUUGUGCGGAAUGAGUAUAAUCCUGCAACUGCUUAUGCUUUUGAUAGAGUUUUUGGACCAUCUACGGCUUCUCAGGAAGUAUAUGAUGUAGCUGCUCGGCCAGUAGUCAAGGCGGCAAUGGAAGGUGUAAAUGGAACUGUCUUUGCCUAUGGUGUUACAAGUAGUGGGAAGACCCACACUAUGCAUGGAGAUCAAAAUUCUCCAGGUAUAAUACCAUUGGCAAUAAAGGAUGUUUUCAGCAUUAUUCAAGAUACUCCAGGACGAGAGUUCUUGCUUCGAGUAUCAUAUCUUGAAAUCUAUAAUGAGGUGAUAAAUGACUUGCUUGAUCCAACUGGUCAAAAUUUGCGUGUCAGAGAAGAUGCACAGGGUACUUACGUUGAGGGUAUAAAGGAAGAAGUUGUUUUAUCGCCUGGUCAUGCACUUUCUUUUAUUGCUGCAGGGGAAGAGCAUCGCCAUGUUGGUUCGAAUAAUUUUAAUCUGUUGAGUAGCCGUAGUCAUACAAUAUUCACACUGAUGGUUGAAAGUAGUGCCCAUGGUGAUGAAUAUGAUGGAGUGAUCUUCUCUCAACUUAAUUUGAUUGAUCUAGCUGGAUCCGAGAGUUCAAAAACUGAGACAACUGGAUUACGGAGAAAGGAGGGAUCAUACAUUAAUAAAAGUCUUCUAACUCUUGGAACGGUAAUUGGAAAACUAAGUGAGGGGAAGGCAUCUCAUGUUCCAUAUCGAGAUUCCAAGCUUACCCGCCUUCUGCAAUCUUCACUGAGUGGCCAUGGACAUGUUUCGCUUAUAUGCACAGUAACUCCUGCAUCUAGUAAUAUGGAGGAAACUCAUAAUACAUUAAAAUUUGCAAGCAGGGCAAAGCGUGUUGAGAUCUAUGCCUCGCGCAAUAAGAUCAUUGAUGAAAAAUCAUUAAUUAAAAAGUAUCAAAGAGAAAUAUCCGUCCUCAAACAAGAACUUGAUCAGCUGAGGCAGGGGAUGCUUGUUGGUGUCAGUCAUGAGGAGAUUUUGACCUUAAAACAAAAGUUGGAAGAAGGGCAAGUGAAAAUGCAAUCACGGUUGGAGGAAGAGGAGGAAGCCAAGGCCGCUCUAAUGAGUAGAAUCCAAAGGCUAACCAAACUCAUACUUGUUUCUACUAAGAAUACAAUUCCUGGAUGUUUGAGUGAAGCAACUGGUCAUCAACGGCGUCUUUCUGCUGGAGAGGAUGACAAAUUGGAUGUUCUACGCAAUGGUUCUUUGCUCGUAGAUAGUGAGAAUCAGAAGGACAGCUCAUCUUCUGCUUUGGCAGUUCUGUCAGAUCCUUCUUAUGAGUUUAAGCACAGAAGAUCUUCCAGCAAGCGAAAUGAUGAACUAUCAGCAGCUAGCAGUACAAUUACAGAAUCAACUCAAGCUGGUGAACUUAUCAGUGGUUCUUCUUGUGGUUCAAAAUUGCCAACAGGUGGGAUGACAAUGUCGGAUCAAAUGGACCUUCUUGUUGAGCAAGUUAAGAUGCUUGCUGGGGAGAUUGCAUUCAGCACCAGUACCUUGAAGCGUUUAGUGGAACAGUCUGCAAAUGAUCCGGAGAGCUCAAAAUCUCAAAUUCAGAACAUGGAACGUGAUAUCCAAGAAAAGAGGAGGCAAAUGAGGGCCUUAGAACAACGUAUUAUUGAGAGUGGUGAGGCUUCAAUUUCUAAUGCAUCAUUGGUUGAUAUGCAGCAGACAGUGAUGAGAUUGAUGACGCAGUGCAACGAAAAGGGUUUUGAGCUUGAGAUAAAAUCAGCAGAUAAUCGUAUUCUUCAGGAACAACUGCAGAAUAAGUGUUCAGAGAACAAGGAACUGCAAGAGAAAAUAGAACUCUUGCAACAGCAGUUGGCUUCAGGCACUGGUGAUAAAUUAUCAUCUUCUGAACAGUGUAUAUCUGAAGAAUAUGUUGAUGAUUUGAGAAAGAAAAUUCAGUCUCAGGAAAUUGAAAAUGAGAAACUAAAGCUAGAACGUGUUCAAAAUUUGGAAGAUAGUAGUGGACUACGGGUGCAGAAUCAGAAACUUUCUGAAGAAGCUUCUUAUGCGAAGGAACUGGCGUCUGCUGCUGCUGUUGAGCUGAAGAAUUUGGCUGGUGAAGUCACCAAACUUUCAUUACAGAAUGCAAAAUUAGAAAAAGAAUUAUUGGCUGCUCGAGAAUUGGUACAUUCUAGAGGUGGUGGUCUACAAACUGGUAAUGGUGGCAACCGAAAGUACAGUGAUGGUCUGAGACCUGGGAGAAAAGGCAUGCAUUCUGGCCGAGCUAAUGAAGUUUCAGGAAUGGGUUAUGAUGACUUCGACUCCUGGAAUCUUGAUCCAGAUGAUUUAAAAAUGGAGUUACAGGCAAGAAAACAACGGGAGGCGACCCUUGAAGCUGCCUUGGCUGACAAGGAAUUUGUAGAAGAUGAAUACAGGAAAAAGGUUGAAGAGGCAAAGAAAAGGGAGGCGGCUUUGGAAAAUGAUUUAGCAAACAUGUGGGUGCUUGUUGCACAGCUGAAGAAAGAGGGUGGAGCAGUCGCUGUGGUAAACACAUGUGAGAGCCAUAGUGACAGAAUGGAUCAUGUGAAUGGUCUGAAAGUAGAUGCUGCUGACAGCAAGGAUACUGUCCUUAAAGAGAGACAGGUUCAGGAUGUUACAAAAUCUACUCUUGACAUCUGCAAGGAAGAACCUCUUGUUAAUCGUUUGAAGGCUCGAAUGCAAGAGAUGAAGGAAAAAGAAGUCAAGUACCAGGUCAAUGGAGAUGCAAAUUCUCAUAUAUGUAAAGUAUGCUUCGAAUUGCCAACUGCUGCAAUGCUUCUCCCUUGCCGGCAUUUUUGUUUAUGUGAAUCUUGUUCGCUUGCUUGUUCUGAGUGUCCAAUUUGUCGCACAAAGAUUGCAGAUAGGGUUUUUGCUUUUACUUCUUGACGGAAUUUAUCAUCAUUCAAAUGUUUGUUACAUUCCAUGCAAUAGAGGGUGCCAUUCUUUUAUUAAUUAGCCUGUAUGCAACUAUUUAAAAGGUAUAUCAGUGUUUUGUCUGUGUGUGUCCCCAAGGGGCUGUAAAAUAAGAGGGGAAAGAAACCAAGAAAAGAACAAAAAAAAAAAAAAAAAAAGAGUGAAAAGAAGACAAUCUAUUGCACAUAUGAAGUUUAUAUGCAGGUUAUUGCAUUGAAUCUCAAAUACCCUGCAGAUUGUUCUGAUAUUUCCUUUGUACUUCUGUUGCAAUGUAUAGAACAACGUAGGCGACGGUAAAAAGAAUAUUUUCCCCUCUUACUUUGUAUAGUUCUGAAUUUCUUUUUCAUUUGGUUGUAUUAUAAUUUGACUUCGUUUUUCCUUUCGGGGAAAAAAAAUGGUGAUUUCGCUCUCCGUUGGUUCGAAAUGUGAAAAACCUGAUUUUGUUGCUGAUAUUAUUGAAAUGAAUCAAGGUCAGUAUGCAAGUGUUCUCUGUA